AUGGAUUAUUACUUUUCCAUCAUCCAGAAUGUUUUCCCGUCUCCGUUUGAUCAUCAACUAACCCCAAAACGCACUUCUGUUCGAAGGGGCUGCAGACCUCAUGUUGUGUGGGUAACGUGCGACCCCACGAUGAAAAUAGGCACCUCAGUUAGCUUGCGGGGUGAGGACAAUGGUGGUGCUACUGAAUCAAGCAUUACUAACAUCAAUGGCGACUCUACGGAACGAGAAGAAGGAUGUCGCGACGAAAAAGCAUCAACUAGCUUGCCGACCUAUGAUCUGGCACGUUUCCUUACAGUGGAUAGUGAGACGGGGAAAAAAGUUGCUUGGUAUUAUCCUACAAGCUGCGACGAUGAUGGAGGCCCAACUAUGGACCAUAAGAAGAAAGUAGGGAGCUCGGGAUGUUUCCUAAGUUCUGGGAUUCCAUCUGAUCGCAGGAUUGCAACAAUGCUUCCCGAUGCCUACGAUAACUCCUCCCUUGAGAAGACAGAAAUCCCUCGUAUGAUGCCGUUGCUCUGGGUAAGCGAUGAUUUAGGGAACAUCUAUAAACUCCAGCACCCGGCGCUUCCUUCGACGGCUGUAGGUACUAGCGAGGUGGACGGGGUUGACGCCUUCGCGUCGUCAGUAUCGUCUGGGCAAAAGCGAUCCCGACCGAUCGACCUCGAUGAUCCCAACGAACGACCCCUCCAGCGUCCCCGCGCGGAGGGUUUCCCGCUCUCGUCCCUCCCUACAACGUGGGAGCUCGUCGUGCCGUCCAGGUCCGUCCUCACCUCGCUGGCCUACCCUUCCGACGAUGGGGUCGAGGGCCCGUCGGUGGGCGCGCUUUUCGGGGUUUCACGUGGGUCGCCCGGGUGGGCGGGUCUCGCGUGGGCCCCCUCGGGCCCCCGCCUUUUCUCCGCGCGUGAGGGGUUCUCCGAUCUGCGGUUGGUGGACCCCGUCGCGCGGGCGGUGGUGCGGACCUACGGCACCACGCACGGCCCGACCGGUCUCUUCGUGCCGGGCGGCUCGUCGUGGUCAAGCCAUGAGGCGGGUUCGGGUGGGAAUUCACUCCUGGUGGACACCGUGCUCAUCACGGAGGGCUGCCUGGCCACGCUCUUUGAUGUGCGGUGCCCUGGUGUGGUGAUGUCUCUCACCGCGCAGCUCGCGGAUGCUACGCAGCAUGUGCGGCAGUCGCAGGGAACCACCGACGCUUCGAAUGGGAAAAAUGGCGCGAACCCAAAAGCAGGAUCGGCUUCAUCUCCCCCACUUGUGGCAAGCCGUCUGACCAGCUCAGCAGGUACCAUCCGGGAUGUCUGUGGCACCGCCAACUCUUUUGAGGUGGCAUUGUGCAUUGACCGUGCUUUGUGCGUGUAUGACUUCCGCAAGUUCACUCGCCUUUGGACCUCGCUGAAUGUGCUCAAAUACGAAAUUGGCAGCAUAGCCUCAUUAGGGGGUGGGCGGGCAGUCGCGUGCGCCGGCAUCGAUUCGGAAGUUCGCAUUGUUUCCUUGUACCCAAAGCACAAUUUAGCCAGUGACAACACCGCCUCUUCCUGCCUCACACUGCAGGCCAAGAAAGGGAAAGGUGACAACGCAGCGAAUAUUGCGGAGGAAUGUGAGGACGAGGAUUCGCCCAAAGGCACAUUUCGAACUCGGCUUGACACCACCACAGCAUGUGAAACUACCUGGCAGGGUGGCUGGGUGACUUCAUACAAUCAUGCCGGCGCUGCGGCUGUGGGUGUAUCCAUGACCAACGAACUGUUCCUCGCGCAAUGA